UCCUGUCACUAUAUUCAGAAAGUAAUGUGAGAAGAAAAUACCAAAGUUUUAGUUUUAUCCAUAAAAUAAAUUUAAACACCUUAGUUAAGAACUUUCAACAACCCAAACCCUAGAUCUAUUUUUUCUACCAUUCUUCAAUUUCUUUCUCUUUAAUUUGUUCCCAGGUUAGUAUCGAUCUAUCUGUGUUGCAUUUGAUUUUCAUUUAUCGUAAUUCUAUGAAGUUUGCAUGGAUAUGAAUGUGAUUGUUUUUUUUUUUGGGAUUUAAUUUGUUUUGUUAGAGAAGGAACCGAACAAUUUCUGGAUUUUGGGGGUUCUAAUUACCUGGGUGAAAUUAGAGGAUUUGAAUAAGGAGGAAGUCAAAAUGAUGUCAAGAUCGUAUACGAAUUUAUUAGAUCUAGCGUCGGGUAAUUUUCCGGCUAUGGGGAUGGGGAGGGAGAGAAAGAAGCUGCCGAGAGUGAUGACGGUUGCGGGAGUGAUUUCGGAAUUAGAUGAUGAUCAAGCGAAUAGUGUGUCUUCGGAUGUACAAUCAUCGAUUAUACAAGACCGGAUGAUUAUUGUAGCUAAUCAGUUGCCGGUAAAGGCGAAGAGGAGACCUGAUAAUAAAGGAUGGAGUUUUAGUUGGGAUGAGGAUUCAUUGUUGUUGCAUGUGAAGCAUGGGUUGCCUGAGGAAAUGGAGGUUCUAUAUGUUGGUUCUUUGAAGGUUGAAGUGGAUGUCAACGAACAAGAUGAUGUUUCACAGAUUUUGUUAGACAAGUUUAAAUGUGUUCCGGCUUUUUUGCCACCGGAUAUUCAUUUUAAGUUUUAUAACGGAUUUUGUAAGCAUCAUCUGUGGCCGCUUUUUCAUUAUAUGUUACCCUUUACGGCUAGUCAUGGUGGAAGGUUUGAUCGGUCAUUGUGGGAAGCAUAUGUGUCUGCUAAUAAGAUAUUUUCUCAGAGGGUUAUAGAGGUGAUAAACCCCGAAGAUGAUUAUGUAUGGAUUCAUGAUUACCACUUGAUGGUUUUGCCUACUUUCUUGAGACGUCGGUUUAUCAAAUUGAGAAUGGGAUUCUUUCUUCAUAGUCCAUUUCCAUCUUCGGAGAUAUAUAGAACAUUGCCCGUGAGAGAGGAGAUCCUUAAGGCCUUGUUAAAUGCAGACCUUAUUGGAUUUCAUACUUUUGAUUAUGCUCGCCAUUUUCUGUCUUGUUGUAGUCGUAUGCUAGGGCUGGAGUAUAAAUCAAAGAGGGGUUAUAUUGGACUGGAAUAUUAUGGUAGGACUGUUGGGAUAAAGAUAAUGCCGGUUGGGAUUCAUAUGGGGCAAAUUGAAUCGGUUUUGAGGCUUGCCGAUAAAGAAUGGAGAUUGCAGGAGCUCAAACAGCAGUUCGAAGGAAAAACAGUGUUACUUGGUGUGGAUGAUAUGGAUAUCUUUAAGGGGGUCAAUCUGAAGUUUUUGGCGAUGGAACAGAUGCUUAAGCAGCAUCCAAAAUGGCAGGGAAGAGCAGUUCUAGUUCAAAUUGCAAAUCCUUCCAGGGGGAAAGGCAAGGAUCUUGAAGAGAUUAAAACUGAAAUUCUGGCUAGUGUGAAGAGAAUUAAUGAAACGUAUGGGCAUCGUGGUUACGAACCCAUUGUGUUUAUUGAUAGACCAUUAUCCCUGAGUGAAAAGGCUGCAUAUUAUACUGUUGCUGAGUGUGUAGUUGUCACAGCUGUCAGGGAUGGAAUGAACCUCACUCCAUAUGAAUAUAUUGUCUGUAGGCAAGGGGUUUCUGAAUCUCAAUCUGAAUCAGGUUCAUCAUCUAGUAGCCCCAAGAAGAGUAUGUUGGUCGUGUCAGAAUUCAUAGGUUGUUCUCCAUCUUUAAGCGGGGCUAUCCGGACAAACCCAUGGAAUGUGGAGGCAACAGCUGAGGCAAUGAAUGAGGCUAUCUCUAUGAAUGAUGCUGAGAAGCAGUUACGUCACGAGAAACAUUAUAGAUAUGUUUGCUCGCACGAUGUUGCAUAUUGGUCAAAAAGCUUUUUUCAAGAUUUAGAGAGGAGUUGUAGAGACCACUUCAGGCGGCGCUGCUGGGGAAUAGGGUUGGGUUUUGGUUUUAGGGUGGUAGCAUUGGAUCCUAAUUUCAGAAAAUUGACCAUUGAUGCUAUUGUCUCUGCGUUCUCUAGGUCUAAAAGUAGAGCCAUACUUUUAGAUUAUGAUGGAACAAUGAUGCCUCAGACAUCCAUCAAUAGGAAACCUAGUCAAGAGGUGAUAAGUAUCAUCAACCAAUUGUGUGGAGACCCUCGAAACACUGUCUUUAUUGUUAGUGGAAGAGGUAGAAAGAGCUUAGGUGAUUGGUUUUCACCUUGCAAGAAGGUUGGCAUUGCAGCUGAACAUGGGUACUUCAUGAGAUGGUCUGCUGAUGAUGAAUGGGAAUUAUGUGGUCAAAAUUCUGAUUUUGGAUGGGUACAGAUAGCAGAACCUGUUAUGAAGCUGUAUACAGAAUCAACAGACGGUUCCAGUAUAGAAACUAAGGAGAGUGCCUUGGUUUGGCAUCAUAGAGAUGCUGAUCCAGGUUUUGGAUCUUGCCAAUCAAUGGAGUUGUUAGAUCAUUUAGAGAGUGUUCUAGCAAAUGAGCCUGUUACUGUAAAAAGUGGCCAGUAUAUUGUUGAAGUCAAGCCCCAGGGGGUCAGUAAAGGAAUAGUUGCAGAAAAGAUAUUCACCAGAAUGGCUGAGAGUAGAAAGCUGGCUGAUUUUGUACUCUGUGUUGGUGAUGAUAGAUCUGAUGAAGACAUGUUUGAGGUUAUUGAGAAUGCAAUGAAUAGUGGUAUCCUAUCCUCAAAUACAUCUGUAUAUGCUUGUACAGUGGGCCAAAAGCCAAGCAAAGCAAAAUAUUAUUUGGAUGAUACUGUUGAAGUCAUUAACAUGCUUGAUGCCCUUGCGGAUGUUUCGGAUCCUUUUCUGUCUAGUGAUGAUGAGCCAGGAAGCCCUUCUUGAUAAUUGCUUUAGAUUCCGAUCAAGUAUAUAGUUUUUGUCUUCUUCAUAGAAUUACUCAAAAGGAUUUCCCUGCUUGCACGUUACCUAUUGGACCUACUAAUGGUGAUCCAGAAAAUGUCUGCCAUUGAAACUGGCUGAACAAUUGUGGUGGAUGGAUGGUCAUCUCUUAUGAGGACCUUUUUCUGGAUUGCCUAAAGGGGAUUUUGUGUUUACUUGAAAUGUUGACUCUUUACAGUUUAGGCUAUAUAUACUCCACAUUUAGGCAAGCUGGCCGAUGAUAUCUUGAAUUGCUAGUAAAGGAGUAUAUUUGUUAAUCAUUCUUCAUUAGAACCCUUCAAAAUGUGAAGCAGCUAAAGAAUGCUGCAGAUGAUACUGCUUUUGAGUGUACAAUUCUUUAUUCCAAGUAAAAUUUAAAUCCUUUAGAGAUUGUCAUUUUCCCUUUAUUUUGAACUUGGAAUAUGGGAAAUGCAUUGCUAUUACGACUUUUGUAGGUGGCGUGGAAGUACCAACUACCAAUUUUCACAUUUGCACUCGCUACCUGCAUUCGGAUCUGGCGGUAACUAUCGUGGAUUAUGACUACUUAUUGUUCCUCUUGUUUGUUAAUUGAAGGGCAUGCAUACUAGAGAAGAGGAACCUGUUGUGAUUCUACCUCUGAUGAUGUUCAGUACCCUGUGUAAUCAAUUAGACACUCAAGAAAGACGAGUGAAAUAUUCUGAAUUGUCUCGUUUAUUACUGAUCAAAUGAAUACAAUUUAGUUAAUUCGAGUUUCCCAACUCCCAA